UGCUUUAAGACGAAGACAUCAUGGAUAAAUACGAAAUCGUUAAAAAAAUUGGAGAAGGAUCUUUUGGCAAAAUAUUCUUGGCAAAAGGAAAAGUGGAUAAUGAGCAGUGUGUUAUCAAAGAGAUCAAUUUCACUAAGAUGCCUGUGAAAGAAAAGGAAGCCUCUCAGAAAGAAGUCAUUCUUCUGGCCAAGAUGAAACAUGCAAAUAUCGUAACCUUCUAUGCUUCUUUGCAAGAAAAGAACAAGCUAUAUAUUGUGAUGGAAUACUGUGAUGGUGGAGAUUUAAUGAAGCGGAUAAAUAUGCAGCAUGGAGUGCUGUUUGACGAGGACCAGAUUCUGAGUUGGUUUGUGCAGAUCUCCUUGGGCUUGAAGCAUAUUCAUGACAAGAAGAUUUUACACAGAGAUGUAAAAGCACAGAACAUUUUUCUUAGCAAUAAUGGAAAGGUAGCAAAGCUUGGGGACUUUGGUGUAGCAAGACAGUUGGACAGCACUAUGGAGUUUGCCCAUACCUGUGUAGGGACCCCCUAUUAUCUGUCACCUGAGAUCUGUGAAAAUCGACCAUAUAACAAUAAAACAGAUAUUUGGUCUCUUGGCUGUGUGCUUUAUGAGCUAUGUGCACUAAAGCAUCCUUUUGAAGGCAAUAGUUUGCACCAGCUGGUGCUGAAGAUCUGCAGAGGACAUUUUCACCCAGUGUCUCCCAACUAUUCAUAUGACCUGAGGAUAUUAAUUUCUCAGUUGUUUAAAAAAUCUCCAAAAGAUCGACCAUCUAUCAACUCUAUUCUAAGGAAGCCCUUCUUGCAGAAGCUCGUUCUCAGGUAUUUGCCCCCUGAGGAAGAACUCAGUCACACUGUGAUACAUAGAAAAAGGCCUUCAGCAGCACAGCCUGGAGCCGAGCUGAUGCAAGCACAUAAACUUCAAAAAAGGAGAGUCCAGGACCAAGUUUCUCCGGAAUCUGGAAUGGUGGUGCCUGUCAAGAAACAGGAAUUAUUUCAAAGAAAUGAUUGGAAGCCUCCUUCAAGAGGGCAACAGUCUAUUUUUCAGCCACAGAGCUCCAGAUUUAUGAUGGCAGAAAGGCCAGAAAGUAUUAGAGUACAUGGCCAUUAUGGUCAUUACUAUGAUAAGCUUGACAACUUGCAGAGGAAAGCUAAUGCAUAUUAUGACCUUUCUCAUAUCAGCCAAAGAGUUGAGGAAUACUAUAAACUAAAAGGAGAAGUUGCACCUCCACCCCCGCCACCCGACUGGCCUGCAGAGUAUGUUCAAAGGCGUUUUGAAGCCCAACAGUACAAGAUUAAAGUGGAAAAACAGCUGGGACUGCGACCAUCCUCUGCUGACCCAAAUCAUGACCAGAUACAACAGCAGAAAAUAAAGGAAGGGCAUGUCAAAAACCGUCAGCAGGACGUGUCUAGAAAGAAUGAAAUGAAAGAACAGUGUGGUAUAAUAGUACGUGAUGCAUACUACUUCCCUGUUGGGGUUUUUUCCUCCUUCCAGGACAUGGAAGAAAACUUUAAACAAGUCAGACUCCAGGAUAGGCAAGACCAAAAUAUCUUAGAAAAGAAACAUAACACAAAGGGAGGAGUGAAGUUUGAAAUUAAUUUAGAUGUAUGUGUUCCUGAGGAAGACAGCAUUCAAGAAGCAGAGGUACUAGAUAAACUCAAUGAGACUUUGACUUUCGUGGAUGGUGAGAAUCUUAAGGAGAAAUUGGUGGAAGUUUAUGAAGAUCAUAUGGACAGAGCUUCGGAAGAACUAUCUGGACACCAAACAGAGUCCAAUGAUAUUGGUGAUACCAAAGAAGACAGAAAACAUUGGCAACCUGGAGCCCCUCAGACACUACUGAAUUUUUUAGCUGAUGCUGAUAUCACUUCUGUAUGUCCUACUAUGGCUGAAAAUGAACUUGCUGACCAUGCUAUUCUGCCUGAAGACAUCCCAGAAAACAGGAAGCAGUGGAAACAAACACCACCAGGGACACUGCUUGACAUCUUAGCAAAAGCAGAGCUAUCUAAGGACUCCUUCAUCCGACUUGACGAGGAAGUAGAAUACAAGGAAGAUAAUUCAGAAGCAUACUCUGCUGUUGCUGUUGAUGAAGGCAGACUUGAGCCAAGAUCAGAUGAUGAAGACACAAAUUUUGAAGAUUCUGAAGAUGAACUAAGACAUGAGCUGGAAGAAUCUCUGGAAAAAGCGGCAGCUUCUCCAGCAGAGAGAACCGUGAAGUCUCCCAUCCUUUCAAUAAAUAAAGGUCAAACAGAUGAAGAAAAGAUAAGUUUACCUCACAAACUACUUGGAAAAUCUGAUGAUUUAGAAACUAACCAUGGGUCAUUUAGUGUUGACACACAUAAUGAAAAAGUCAAACAGGAAGCAAGAGCUACCUAG